AUGAUUCCAGAAUACUCAUACCUGAAUAUAACUAACUGUUUUUAUUACCUUUUUCAGAGUGCGCCCAAUUUGACCGGCCCGAAUAUUUUGCAUACUCAUUCGAUAAAAUCAUGGUUGGAGCAACAAGAUUUCAACAAUAGACUUCCUUCACCAACCGAAGGCGAUGCAUUGUCUACAUCCGACAUUUUUGGUAUUUCAAAUCCGACAAUAUUCAGUGCACAAUUGGAAUCGACUCCGCCUGGUUUUCCGUAUUCACCAAUCACUCCGAAUUCCUUGAAUUCAUCGUCGCCGGCUGACUCCAAUUCGUCGUCCCGAAACUACGAUGGAUUUCAGUUUGACUGUUCGAACCAAAAUACUCCCAUGAAAGAGUUUCAACGAAGUUUUAAUUCUGACUGCUUCACGCCAUUUUCACCCACGAUAUCAACGGCAUCCUUUCAACGGUUAGCGAGAGGAUCUAUGCAAUUUCGAGACACCAGCAGCCCGAUCGCGACAGAUAACAAUCAAUUUUCUUUCGGAAAUGGCAUGUCGAGUGGCUCCAUUUCGCCUGAUAGUGAUCACAGUGUUUUUUCAAACAUGGACAACAAUCUUGUUGAAUUAAUGAACUAUCUAAGCCUGAACCAACAGCAACAGAGCCAAGGCCACAAUGUUUUCAACAACAUCUCAAACGAAAUGAAAAGUUUGCAAACAAUCCAGAGUAUUCAAACUUUGAAUGCAUUGAAGCUGAUGCAACUGCAAGAAAUAAACCGACGAAAUCAGCUGCAGCAAUUUUUGGGACUGAAUCAACUUCUUCAGGGAAACCAAUUCAAUCAAUGUGGAACGAUAUCAGCACAACAGCAAUCCCAUCAACAACAGCAGCAGCAACCACAGCAAUUGUCCCCAUCGUCUUCCAACGAUAAUAAUCUGGAUCGAUUGGCAAGAAAUCAUCGCAUCUCUGCAUCAAUGACCGACACUCCUCCACCGUACAGAUGGAAAGGAAUUCUGCCGCAAAAGAGCAGCCAUUCGGAUGCAGUAAACUAUUCCAACAAAGUGUUUCUGGGUGGUCUACCGUUGGAUGCAAACGAACAAAUGCUGGCUGACACAUUCAGUCAAUUUGGUCCGAUUACCGUCGAGUGGCCUGCCAAGGAGCGAAAGGGAUAUGCGUAUUCAAUUUUCGAAACUGAGAGCCAUGUUCGUGCUUUGUUAAAUAUUUGCACGGUGCAGGAUGGCAAUUCAUGCAACGUUCGGAAGUAUUUCUUUAAAAUCCCAGGAAAAUAUCAAAAAACUCACAAGAUCGAAGUGAUUCCAUGGGUGAUUGCCGAUUCCAACUACAUGAAAUCGUCUUCUCAAAAAUUGGACCCAUCCAAGACCGUUUUUGUUGGUGCUCUACAUGGCCAAUUGACAGCAAAGGGAUUAGCUCAAAUCAUGGAUGACAUUUUCAAGGGUGUUAUCUAUGCUGGCAUCGAUACAGACAAAUUCAAGUAUCCACUUGGGUCUGGACGUGUCACAUUCAACAAUCAUGAGUCGUAUAUCAAAGCUAUAUCGACGGCUUUUAUCGAAGUGCAGACAUCAAAGUUCAAGUGCAAGAUCUUCCAAAUUGAUCCAUACUUAGAAGAUUCGUUGUGUUCCGGUUGUGGUGUGCAGCAUGGACCAUAUUUUUGUCGACAGUUUUCAUGUUACCGAUAUUUCUGUCGAAUGUGCUGGAAGCGACAGCACGCAAAAGAAUAUUACGAUCAUAAACCAAUGACACGAAACUCCAAGUCACAAUAUUUGGUUGGAAUCGGUCCACAAGCCAAUCAGCAAUCGAAUGGUCUUCAACAGCAGUCAACAUCACUGUUCGGCAGUCUUUUGUCACCCACCCAAUAGUAAGCGAGAUACCAAGUUGUUAACACAGUUUAAGAGAGAAGAAGAAAAAAACACAAAAUUUAUGUUGAGUUAGUUAUACGUGGUUGAAUUUAUCGAAUGAAUCGAAUAUAUUUCUAGAUAUAUUUGCAUAUAUAUUUAUGACAUAUAUACACACACACAAACACACAAUUUAAAUGAUGAAGAAUAAAAAACCCCAAGAGGAGAAGAAGAAGAAGAAAAAAAUGACACCACGAAAAUCGAAACGUUCGCCAGAUGAUUGUACGAUAGCAAAAACCCUAGAAUUUUUUUUUAUUUUUUAUUUUUGAAAGAAAUUCAGGAAAUUAAUUCAUUUCGCUUUGGCAAUGUGUGAUUUUAACGGCACUAUUAUAAUAUCCCAUACGUGUCAAUCAUUUCGAUAACGCAAUUGUUAAUGUCACAACACUUUUUUUUUAAACAUUGAAUGAAUUUUAUACUUGAAAACUGGAAAAUUUUUUCCAAUCAACAAGUUGACAGUUUUCUUUUUACACACAUACGUGCUGGAGGGAGUGAAAGAAAAUGAUAAAACUAACGAAAAGUAAACGGAUAAAGAACCACAGUGCAGAGCAUUACUUUUAAAUAACGAAAGAAUGAAUUUUAUUGCUUUUGAAAGUUUUUCUAGCGGUUUUUUUUGUGUUGCUCUCUGGCUACCGGACAUUUCGUGAGCAUGUGUUAUGCAAUAAAAAUAAUCAUUUUUUUCGCCACUUUUAUUUUCGAUACAAUUCAAAGUCUAAAAACAUUUUUCAAAUAACAAUUUUAUUGACUAAAAUUUCCUUUUUUUUGAUAAAAUGUACACAAGAACACGGGGAUAAUCAUGUAUGAUUUUUGUGUCGAUUUUUUGUCGAUUUAUUUUUUUUUUCUGUUGUUGCGACCAAUCAAAUGAGCAACAUGUUAUUAGUGUGAGAUUAUUUUUUUGGCGAUAAAAAUUCAUUUUGUAAUUACAAGAAUUGUCAAGAAUUUUCAACAAUUUCGGAAUCGAAAAAAAGAUACAAAAAAUGAAUCGAUUAUCAAAUGUAAUUGAAAACAAAAAGAUUUUUCAUUGGAAAUCAAUUAAUUUAACAAAUUCGUAACCAAUUACUGCGUUCGGAUUUAAAGAAAAAAACAUUUGUUAAAUAUUGCACACAGUUUUUAUUACUGAAAAGAAAAACAAAUUGUUUUAAAAUAAGGUGGAUAGAGUUCCAAUAUUUUACAUAAGUAAAUUUAAAUCUUAAAAAACCUCAAAAAAAGAACAAAAACCAGAAAAAAAAACUCAAAAAAAAUUCUCAAACUAUGAAUUUUCAAUGUAAAGAAAAAACAAUCUUUUGUCUCAAUGAAAUAUUACAAUUUAUGUUUAAGUUUAAUUGUAAUCCUAGCUUGUAAGUAACUUUUCUUUUGUUUCGUUCGAUCGAUUAACAACUUGGGUGGGCGUAGCAAAAA